GAUCUCGUAGAGGUGUGCUAUGUGAUACUGUUGUUCUCGGCAAACCGAUCUGAAAGGUGGUGAAACGAUGUCAAAAGUAGAUAGGAAAGUAGAUAAGGCUGAUAUAGUUUGAUGCACAGAUGUAGUAUGCAAUACGUCAGGAUGAAGGCACGGAGCCACGGACUUCGACCCUCAAUUAUCCUUGCGGGCUGCCAUCAGCUUAUGUCUCGGCAACAUCCCUGGGAGCUGUACCCAUCCAAUCACUACUUGAAAUUGGAUCAAAUGUCACGGCGAUCUCCCGAGUGUGAACGAAAGCUGGAUGCUGGGUGGUUGAUGCAAGUGCUCAUACCAAUUCACUUCACCGGCGAAGCUGCUGGUGGCUUGAACGUUGACGUCAUACAGCUGUCAUCAGGUACUAAGUAUGUGUGCAACAUCCCAGUCAAUGACCACAACCUGAGCAUUCAUUCACCACUUUCUGAAGAUACAAAUUAUAUUUGGAUCAUGGUUCAAACACAAAUCGGAUAUGUACACAAUAGCCUUAUCCAAACUCCAGGCCCAGCCGGGACACAUGCACUGAACACCUGACCAUAUUGUUUUCCUAUCGAUAACAACUUUAAAACUCCGUUGCCACCGGCAGAUGCAAUUAAGAAA